AAGCAAUUCAUUUAAAAAAGAAACAAAUUUUGCAAAGGAAGGGGUAUGUACUAUGAGAUGGAAAGAAACUUGGGGAAAUCAUUGGCUAGCUUUAGAAUUGAUGUGCUGCUGGGUAGCUGAGGGUAAAAAGGGAAAGUAGGAGAGAGAAUAUCAUAGUAUUCCCAAGCACCUUCCUUGUGUUUCCUACCCUGUUAUUCUCAAUCCCUUCUCUUCCUCUAGCAGCACUGGGAAAAGACCCGUCUUCUGCCAGAACUUAACCCAAAUACACAGACACCAACAUGAAGUCCUGGGUUCUCCUCCUUAUCGUGUCCAUCUCUGCAGUUGUGAUCAUUCUGCCUGUGCUGGGAGGCACCAAAUCCGAAUGUCUCAGAGGUGAUGUGAAGAGGGAAGGGCUGCUCUUCCUAGUCCUGGGAUCCCUACUAACUUCUACUAUGUCAAUUCCACUUGAAGUAAAAGAAACUCAGCAGUGCUGGGUACAGCCUCCAAAUAAGUAUUGUAGAAAGAGGUGCACUAGAGGGCGCACCUGUCUGCAUCAGAAUCAUACGUGCUGCUGGACCUUCUGUGGAAACAUCUGCUUACAUAAUGAGUGAGUCGGUCGGGGUGGGAAGGCUGGGGGC